AUCUGGUGCAAUAUUUUCACAAUGAGAGGAAAAAUAUUACGAUUUCCUUGUCAUUUCUUCUGAACUGAAAUAACAGAACUAAACAUCAUGUGAAAUUUGAUGAGAGUGUCGGUAUUUCUAAAAUAUCUCUUCCCUGAUGUUGAAUUGGUGUCCAGAGUGAUGCUAAGAGAGCUGUUUGGGAGAGAUCUAUCCUGACACACUGCCACCAUGUUGUAUGUCUUCCAUGUAGACACUGGCACCAUGCUCACCUUCGAUAUGAACUUAGCCAUGGAGAGUGUUGCCACUCUUCAAGGGGUGAUAGCCAGAGCAUGUCAUAUUACAGAGGACAAACAGGUAUUACUGAUCAGUGGUGGAGAGAGUCUUGAUCCCUCCGCAAGGGUUGGAAAAUACCACGCAGGAACUGACACCAAUCCAAUAUUCCUGUUCAGCAAGAGUACCAUAGAAGCCAUGACACCCCCUUCUCCUAGUGUUCAUUAUGGAUCAGAUGUGGACAUUCACAGCCAGGUGGAGGGGUCACUGUUGCUGCCCCCGGCGUAUGCUACAGUUGUCUCCCGGGCACAGCUAGCUUUGCAAAUUCAUGAUGUAGACAAGGAGGAAAUGAAAGCAUGUGAGAAGUUAGUCCAUGACCAACAUCUUCAGCAACAGGGCUGGGCUGCUGUGGUGGCGAACCUAGAGGACAUUACCAGUGCUCUUCGCCAGAGAUCUGAGAUAUUCAUGACAGCCUACCAAGAGUACCUGUGUCAACGAGAAGACUACAGGGAAACCCUCUCCAGUGUGAUCAGUUCCCUGCAGCUGUUGAGUAAGAUCCCAGUAUUACCAGUGUUGUUAGGCGAGGUAUCCUACCUGGCAGAGCAAUCCAUUCGCCUGGCUGGAUCUGAUGAGGACGGAAAUGGAAGUCUGUAUGACUGGAUUAGUUCUCAGGAUCCACAGCACAACCUUAAUGACAUGGUGGAUCAGUGUAUGAAGGCCACUGAGCAGUUAGACCCACGUAUCCAGGAGUCUCUGACCACAGAGGUCCAGAGCACGCUGAAACAGGUGGACAACAUUAGUAUGAAGGAAGUGAAAGGACUGGAAGACCGACUGUAUGGGCUUGACCAGAUGAUGUCUGUAGCACGGCGCUUGGUUCAGGAACAAUCUGAUAUGGCACAGGGUUUUGUUCAGAAUCAGAGCCGUGUAAGUAAUCUACGAGACAAGUCCAUCCUCCCUGACCUCUGCUCCAGUCACAAGAAACAACUACUUGUCAUGGUAAACAACCACAAAAUGCUGCGAGACAAAAAGAAGAAAUGCAAAAUGGCGAAAGAAGAAUUGGCUGUGAAUCUCCACACACGGUUAAGGUGGGUGAUGUGGGUUGAGAAGAUGAUCUGUGAUGUUGACGGGAAACUGAUGAUUUAUCAUGAGAACCUAAAGCGACUGAGGAAGCGACUGGAUAUCCUACGUCAGAUUUAUGAGGCCCCUAGAGUGUAUGCCCAGCUGGUGGUUGAAGUAGUGCGGAGGAAAAAGUUUGCCUCUUUUUUCAGUAAGUGGGCAGCAACUGUUGCUGAUGAUUUUAAUUCUGUUCAUUCUGAGGAGGUGAAACGCAGACAGAGCUUUCAAAGUGAAGUUGGUCAUCACUUCCUGCAGACACUGUUCCAGGGUCUAGACGAUGUGCCUGUUACUGUUAUUAAUAAAACACCUUCAGAAUUUGACCAGAACUUACCAAACAUCACAUCCGAUGAUAUCACCAUGCUAAAAGAGGCUGUACCAGAGCUGGCAGAGGAGCUGAAGUUACCACUAGAAGCUGCUCUACCAGCAGGUACCACAGAUAUUACAAAGAGCAAGUUUCCUCAACUAUUUAAACACAGCUCCAUAGUCACAUCAGAGAUUGAAAUAAUUCAUGGUUUGGAUGACCAAUAUCUGACGUGUGAUAGAGACAGUGUUUCUCUUGGUGAACAAGUGGCCAAUUCUGAAUUGGACACAAACCUUGUGAUCAAAAGUGAAAGUGACACUGACCAGUUAAAACCAGAACUACUGAUGCCCAGAAGUCUUUCAGAAGACCUUACUCAACAAAUGAAAGGGGAGGGAAGUGAUGAUUCUAAAGAGGGUAAUGUGGCUAGUGGUGGUGCUACCGUGGCUACUGCUAGCUCACAAGUCAAAGGGGAACAAGUGCCACUCAAAACAUCAGGGGAGGCUUCAGGGGCCUCUACCUCAUCUGGAGAGCAAAUCAAGUCAACAGAAAGUGACUCGUCUGGACAGGAUAAUGCUCAACACAGUGCUGAGGAGAAAAGUUGUGACAGUGCUGGACGAAAGGUGAUGCCACGUCGCAAGGCAGGGGCAGAAUUUUCUCCUGAUAUGGAAACAUCUCAGGAGUUCACUACGGCAGAUUUCUACAUUGAGGAUUCAAUGCCUUCUUCUAUAGCAGAUUCACCACCAACGUGUUCUAAACCAGUAAAACCUAGUGCUGAAAAACUCUUAGAGAAUAAGGCAGCAUAUCUGGAGAGACUGGAGAAGGAAAACGUCGAGGUCAAAGCUAGGAACAGUGUUGUGUCUUCUAAACUUAAAACUUUCCACGAAUAUGUAAAUAUACACUUGCCAGAGAUGAAGUCAUCUUUAAACUUAUUCCAAACAACAUAUGUGAAUAACAAAAUGCAAUUUGAAGAUGAAUUUGAAUCUAAUAAGAAAAAAAUUCUAGAAACUCUACAACAGUUUGAUGCACAUAGAAGUGAAGAUGAAAGGGUCAACAUAGAUAAACAGAUUGCCGAUGCUGAGAAAAUGAGAAAAGAUUUGGAGGAAAAGCUUGAACAAUUCAACAUACAAAUAGCAGCAAAAAAGCAGGAAGUGGAAAAUCUUCAGAGGGAUUUAGUUAUUGCAAAAGAGGAUGUUACUUUAGUGAAAAAAUCGUUGGAAGGAAAAGUGACAGAGUUAAUGUCUCAACUAUCAGAACUGAAGGUCACUUCAGAGAAUGAGAAGAGUAGGAUAGCUGACCUUGAAAGUCAGACAGAAUCACUAAAACAACAGUCAAAUGAAAUGCAAGAGAAAGCAAAAGAAGUGAAAGAAAAACUGGAAAAUGAUCUAAGAGAGGCUAAAAAUAUGUACGAUACAGAAAUCUCUGAACUAACAAAGCAGCACUCUUUAGAAAUGGAGGUAGAAUUAGACAAACUCCGAGCAGAAAUUCAGUUACAAAUUGAUGAACUCGAAAAGAUUGUUUCUGAAAAAGAAAAAUUGUUAAAAGAGAAAGAAGGAUGUUUGGAAAAAGCUGAGAAAGAAAAAAUCCUUUUGGAAGAAAAGAUGAUGACGAAAUUCCAAACUGAAAAAGAUGGCAUCACUAAAAUAAUGGAGGAGGAUUUCGUGGAGAGGAUGAAAAAGAAAAUUGAAGAAGAAAAGGAAGCAUUAUCUAAACAGUUUCAUGAUGAGAAAGAAACCCUUGUUGAGGAACAUAAAAAUGGAAUUGAAAAUUUAUCAAAGCAAUUUGAGUCAGAAAAAGAGGAGGAAGUAGAGAAAUUAAGAAAAGAGUUGGAAGACAAAUGUCAGAAAAAUGAGGAAAGUGUAAGGGAUUUAUUACAGAAGGAAAAAGAUUCUGAAUUAGAGAAACAAAAAAAUGUCCUGACAGAAGAUUACAAGAAAGAAAUAGACGCAGUAAGAGACACAUUACUUCAGGAGAAGGCAACACUUUUGCUGGAACUGAAGGCAUUCCGUGAUAAAGUGGUGGUGCAGAAAGAGUCACAGACAGACGUGAUGGAGAGAAAACCUUUGUCUGUGCAAACUGAGCCAGCACAAGUGACGGGAAAGGAGACACAGACAGCUGUACAGGAAGUAACACAGUCACAGUCACAAACAGACAAGACACAACUCGCACAACAACAAAUCCAAACAGAAGUAUUUGAGGGUACACACAUGCAGUCCCAAACAGAUGCCACAGAGGUGAAAACUGGUGUGUCGCAGACAAAAACUGUUGUGCUAGCCCAGGGGGAGACUCAAACAACGGUAAAGGAAUACCUACCAAAGGAGGCCCAAACCAAAGUACAGAGCUACUCCCAGGGUGAGGCUCAAACAGAUCUCAAAGCAAUGGAGAAACAGACCAAAACAUCUGAAGGGUUGCAACUGGUUGGUAAUGUCCUGAGCAGGGACGAGCAUGAAGAUGCAGUCAGAGAAGUAGAAAGGCGUCUACAGAAAGAGCAGGAAGAGGCUGUAGUCAAGGCCUUGACUGACAGCCAGGAGAAGUCUGAGAUUGAGCUGAGCUCCCUGAAGGAACAACAUGAUCAAGAGAUCAGUAACCUAAUAGCCAAGUUUGAGAAAGAUCGAGACGAGUCUGCCAGCUCAAUCAAAACCAGUUUGACUGCAGAAAAACAGGUAAUGUUUAAUGAAGCUGUGAGUAAAGUGAGCCAGGAGAAGGACAAAGUGAUUGAAAGUCUACGUCAAGAACAGGCAAAAAUCAUAGAACAGCACCAAAAUUACAAAGAAACCAUUGAAAAGUUGAAGGAAGAGAAGGCGAAAUUUGAGGAUAUGAAGAAUAGAGCAAUGUCCCACCUGAAUGAUAAAGAAAGAGAAUUUGCGGCGUGUAAGAGACAGAUGGAGAGUGACGUAGCAAUGGUUCGCCAGCAGCUGACGGAGUAUCAGACACAACUCCAACCUGUGUCACACAUGCAGGUGUCUACAUCACCUUCCGUCAUGAAUAUAAGUACAACGGAAGACAAAGAGUCGAGAAUCAAUGAAUUGGAAGAGACUGUGAAAUUUAAAGAGGAUGAAAUAACAAGCCUUCAGCAGAAACUGUCAGAGAUUUCCAUGACCGCAAGCACAAGAUCUGUUGUACAAGAUAAAGUAUCCAUUACAAGUUGCAGUGUAGGAGACCUGGUCCUGUUUUGUCUAGACGAGCGACAUGACCAGUAUGUGGUGUUUACAAUAGGGACCACACUUCAUUUCCUCCACACAGACUGUCUGGAGAGUCUCGGACUUCGUACAAACCCUGGUGAAACAAGGAAGUCUUGGGUUCUGGCAGAAAUAACAGAAAAAGAAUACUGCCAAGCUAAGAAGCCGAUGAACCGGUUUAAAGUUCCUGUGGGGACCAAGUUCUACAGAGUGAAGGCCAAACAGUGGACCAGGGAAGUACCACAGACUGGAGCUGUAGGUGGGGCUCCUGCUGUUAAACCCUCCUCUUAACACCAGUCAAAGUUAGUACUGGCUCUAACAAUCGGGGAAGUGAUACAAGUUUUCUAAUUCUUUAAAUUCUGUUGAAAGGAGAAAUGGUCAUUCUCCAGUCGUUCUCCCAAGGAAAUAGAUCAGGCCCUAUCCUAACCAUUGGAAAUGAGUUAGGCCAGACCCCAUACUAACAAUCGGAAGUGGGUUAGACCAUACCUUACCCUAACCAUGGGAAAGAGGUUAGGCCAGACCCUAGCUUCACCUUUGGAAAUAGGUUUGGUCAGUCCCUAUCCUAUCCAUGGGAAGUGGGUUAGACCAGACCGCACCCUAACCAUGGGAAAGAGGUUAGGCCAGACCCUAGCUUCACCUUGGGAAAUAGGUUUGGUCAGUCCCUAUCCUAUCCGUGGGAAGUAGUUAAGGCCAAACCCCACCCUAACCAUGGGAAUGAGCUUAGGCCAGACCCUGGCCUCACCUUUGAAAAUAGGUUUGGUCAGUCCCUAUCCUAACCAGUGGGUGUGGCCCAGUCCUUUUUAACACCAGUCUUCUGUUCUAUUCCUCUGCCCACUUCCUGUCACUAAAGGAUGCUACAGGUAUCCCUUACUAUGGGGACCUUAUAUAUCCACACAAUAUAGGCUUACAUAACCAGAGCAGCACUUCUUUAUGAACAUCUUAGAAUGUAAAAAAUGUUGCGAUCUUGGGAAAACUGUAAAUGUAUUAAUUUGACUGUUUGGCUGUACCCCGGUGGACCAAUGAAAUCCGUGACAAUUGAAGGCUGAUGACAAUGGAGGACAAUAGAUGGAGAGCAUGAACGUUAACGACGAUGUGUGUACUUCACUGAAGGCUCUCAAUGAUAGAUCAAAUAUAAUAUGUUUACAGUUUUUAUGGGAUGGGGACUUUGUAUGUAAGGUCAAUAUUAUACUGAUCUGUUGAUCGUAAUGCACUUCCUUAAUUUCAUGUGUUUUAGUUAUAAUGAUUCACAUCCUGUGAUAAAUAAAAUGCCAUAGCUGCCUUGUGUGACUGUUUACCAUUUCCAUUUAAAUAUAUACAUGUAUGGUGGUCAUCAGUUCAUUGCUUUUGGUGAUCAUAAUGAAAUAAGGACUACCAACAACUGGCAACAAGUAACAAAUUGAUCAGCUUAUAUAAUAUCAUCAAAGGCCACAUGAGGCAGCUAUGGUAUUAAUGAGAAUUUGUUCAAUAGUGCGAGAGUGUUUGACUGUGAGACAUACUAUUGAAAGAUGCUUUAUAUUGAUAUCAUUGUGUCCUUAUUGAGGCUGAUACAUACAUAGUAUUGUAAUUUCACAUUAAGAGUAAUAGUACACUUUCUUAUUUCUUAUGAGAAAUGAGAAGAAAAAAAAUUGUGUCUUUGGAUGUUCUUCCAUUAAAUGCACAUAUACGAUAAGCACUGUAGUUUAUAGAACUAACUCUCCUCACAAUUAUAAUAAGCUAUAGCCGACAUACCAUUAUUUAUUUCCUUAUCUAACACCGACCUCAAAAAUGGUUUUUGAGCAGGUUUUACUAUAACUCAAGCUGGUUGUUCGAUCACAGUGUAUCAAUGUCAAUUUAAACAUGUGUUGCUAUAUAUAGUUCGUCAUUACCUGAGUAUGUUUAAUUAUAUAUUUGUGGUUUGCUUUUAAAUCAUAAGAUGAUUAUUUUGAACCUGGAUAAGUUUUAUCAAAUUGCUGACCCAGCUGUGAUCUCAGAUACUGUACAUUGUUAUACAUUGUGAUAGAGGAUACAUUAGUAUUGGACGAGUAUCAUCAACUAUUUAUGUCCACCACCUGAUUACUGUAUGUGAAUGGUACCAGUAAUGGUAGCAGGUGGUCUGGAUGCUUCACCUUACCAACAUCAUCAGUAUCAUUAAUACUAGACAUGUAAUGCUGUUCCACUAUGAUACUCUAUGAUCAACACCAAUAUUUGUGAUGUACCGGGGUAUGUAUCGUAGAGGAGCAGCACCCUAUGAUCAACACCAAUAUUUGUGAUGUACCGGGGUAUGUAUCGUAGAGGAGCAGGACUCUAUGAUCAACACCAAUAUUUGUGAUGUUUGUAUCGUAGAGGAGCAGCACCCUAUGAUCAACACCAAUAUUUGUGAUGUUUGUAUCGUAGAGGAGCAGGACUCUAUGAUCAACACCAAUAUUUGUGAUGUACCGGGGUAUGUAUCGUAGAGGAGCAGCACCCUAUGAUCAACACCAAUAUUUGUGAUGUUUGUAUCGUAGAGGAGCAGGACCCUAUGAUCAACACCAAUAUUUGUGAUGUAUGUAUCGUAGAGGAGCAGGAUUACUCAUUUUAAUUAGAUCACCAACAUCUUAAUGUUAGUAUUGAGUGUUGUUUGUUCAUGGCUCUCUGACUGAUAGAUCAUGUGAUACUAAUCCAGUAGAAAUGGCCUAGCAUUAGGAAAGUGUUUAGGUAUGGAGGAUUAGAAUGAGAUCAGAAUGAGGAACUAAUUUACCUGUUAAUGAAUAUCAUAGGUUAAACCUUACACUAAUCAGUGUGACAAAGAGACAGUUUUUGGAGUUUGUGGGGAAAACAUUUCUUGUUUGACAUGAUUAUGAAUAAUGAUUGCAGACCAAUACUUAUUUGACAUUAUAAAUGAUGAUUGCAGUCUAAUACUUAUUUGACAUUAUAAAUGAUGAUUGCAGUCUAAUACUUAUUUGACAUUAUAAAUGAUGAUUGCAGUCUAAUACUUAUUUGACAUUAUAAAUGAUGAUUGCAGUCUAAUACUUAUUUGACAUUAUAAAUGAUGAUUGCAGUCUAAUACUUAUUUGACAUUAUAAAUGAUGAUUGCAGUCUAAUACUUAUUUGACAUUAUAAAUGAUGAUUGCAGACCUGGUGGAUACUGCCAUUUUCUAGCUUCCCAAAAGUCAGAUGUUCAGAAACUUGUCAAUAUUUUGAAAUAGAAGUUCACAGCUAUAUGGCAGUUGAAUCCAAAACCCUUUAACAAACCUUGAUGAGUUUGAUUAAUAUCAGAAAUCAUUUAAAUUCAAACCUUCUGUUUACUGACUCUUUGUUUGAGGAAAAUAAGAAAUAAGAAUACAAAAAUGUAGUUCCUUUACAGGGUUAUAUGUUAUAACAAUAGUCAGAGAGGUUCUUCACACAGCUUUAGAUUGUUUGUCUGUAAUGCUCUAAAGAUAAAACAAACUUACAUAACUUGUUAUGGGUGACAAGCCCUCAAUCAGCAAUUAGCACAGACAUUUUAUAUUUGGAAAUAUCUGUGACAUUAAGAUUAGAUAAAGUCUCUGUUUGCGAAUAAAUAAUGGGCUCUAAGCCUCUGAAUAGGUAAACUAAACUGUAUAUCAUUGACCAGGACAGUGUUGACUUAGAUGUGAGCAUGGACUUUGAAAUUGUUGACUGCGAGAUAGACUGCUUACGCAGGAUUGACAUGACGAUAUGAGUGUGUACUCAGACAAUGUUGAAUCAGAGAUGGACUGCAGACGAAAUAUUGACUUCGACUUCGACAUGUGAAAUUUGACACCAAAAAUGUCUAGAAUAGCUUCUCAGGGUUCUCUCUUAAGCUCUUCAGUAAUGCGUAUUUAUCUAUGUUGUGAUUUAUAAUUUAUGGAAUUGUAUUAGUAAUAAUACAAUAUGUUUUGUUGCAUAAUGUUUAAAAUGUCUAUACAUGUAUACAAUGAGUGUGAUUAUUAGUAUAAUGAAAGAAUAAAAUGUAUACAAUUUAGAGAAUAUACAAUGUGUAUAAUGUGAACAGUUGUAUGAUGUAUGCUGUAUAGUGUAUGAACAAUGUAACCAAUAUUGUAUAUUGUGUACACAGUAAUAUACAUUGUAUUCAAGUAGUGUUUAUACAAUGUAUUGCAUUGUAUGGUACAGAUAAAUUAUAUUACAGUGUAAAAUACAUUGUAUGAUGUUGGUACAAUGGUAGGAUUAUACAAUGUACAAUUAGUUAUAAGACAUACAAUAUAUGUAUACAUUGUAAGAUUUAAUUGAACUGCAAUGUACACAAUGUUGUAAUAUAUAUAAUUAUACAACCACAGAGGGGGUUUUAUGGUUUUUGUCCUGUCGGUCUGUCAAUAUGUCUGUCUUUUGUCUGUCGCAUCCUUUGUCGUCACCCUAGCAGUCAUAUAUAAUAUGUGAUUUUAUGAAACUUGCAUGUGAUAUACCUGGGAUAAAUCUAGAUAUUGAUGAGCUUGAUCAGUAGUUAUGUUACUAAAAGUUUUCCUCUUCACACUCAUCGUCAUCACUUUUGUAUUUACUGACAGAUUCUGAUAUACAAAUGUAAUUCCAUGUGUGUAUGUAUAGGUUUGCAUUGGACAGACCUCAAACAAGUUCAGAUGUCAGCUAGUUUGGCCAAAUGUCAGGGCAAUAUUUGACAGGAAUGUGGAGCAUCAGAGUGGAAUUAUACCUGGCUUAUAUGAUAUAUAUUUAUAUAUCAUAUAUACCAUAUAUACCAUAUAUAUUGUUUUAUGAUAUAUAUUUAUAUAUCAUAUAUACCAUAUAUAUUGUUUUAUGAUAUAUAUUUAUAUAUCAUAUAUACCAUAUAUAUUGUAUUUCAUUAUAUCUUAUAUCUGGUUUAGUCAUAUUGAUGUCAAAGUAACCCAACCCCCCAAAAAGGAAGGUUUUUGUUCUGUCAUGUAUAUCUUACCGUCAGAUUGUGAUGAACUGGUAUGUCAGUCAGAUUAACAACAGGUCCUUCUCCAAUACUCUAUGUUCCUAGAGUAGGAUUAAGUAUCUGGUUUUUAAUCAUAUCACCUGUACGUUGUCAUUGAGAAAAUCAGUGGCAAACAUCAACCUUACCCAAACUAGUAUUUCACCAAAACUUCACAGAACACCAUUAAGUGCCUUAUCCUAGCUGCAUUAAAUUUCAUAUAAUACUAAUAACAAGUACUGUUACGGCUUCUUCCUUUUAAUACUGAACCUUAUCAGGAAUAGUGUAACCAAAAUAGUCCAGGUAGAGUAACCAAAAUAGUCCAGGUAGAGUAACCAAAAUAGUCCAGGUAGAGUAACCAAAAUAGUCCAGGUAGAUUAACCAAAAUAGCCCAGGUAGAGUAACCAAAAUAGCCCAGGUAGAUUAACCAAAAUAGCCCAGGUAGAGUAACCAAAAUAGUCCAGCAGGUAGUAGGUGGAAUUGUGAGCCAGCCUUAGUGAAAUGUGUAAGAUGGUGUGAAGUUAACAUUAUAAUGUAUAUUGGAUUAGAGUUACUGCUACAGAAAUAAAUACCAGGAAUUGGUAUUAAUCUUGUUAACAUUAUAAUGUAUAUUGGAUUACAGUUACUACUACAGAAAUAUAUAGCAGGAAUUGGUAUUAAUCUUGUAAACGUUUACUCCUAUUAAAUGUUAAACGAUUAGACUGAACCGGGGAAUGCCAGAAACAAUUAGACUUAAAUGCUUAUUAGUGAAAACAUGCUAUGUCUUCUGAGAGUGAGGUACUACGUUUGUGUAGUGUUACUUUUAGUUUCAAGCCUGGCUAAAUUUCCACCAAAUCUGCACACAUCAUCUCUUAAUACUUUGAUACAAUAUGCACAUGUUAACACAUUUCGUAUCCAUGCACAUCAUUUUUGCAUGUCAGUUGGAAUUAUAGACUACAAUUUUCACGUGUGUAUAUCUAGUCCUGGUUCCAGAAGGUUACGUGAGUGGGAUCUCAGAUUUGUUACGUAAAUCAUAUUAAUGAGAUUAGAUAAAUCCCUGGAUAUUCAUGUACAUGUAAAACAAAAUCCCACUGUUAGGAAGAUAACUCUUGAUAUGUAACCGCAUUAGUGAUUGGACCAGAAAUCGUUGUUUAUGUAAAAAGGUCUGAUCUGGUGGAAAAUUGGAUGAAUCAGCUGUUUUGUAUAUAUAUAUAUAAUGUCCUAGCAAUAUAGCUUCAAGGUAGUUCACAGUUUUCAUCAAGUACUAACGUAUAAUAAUUUUCUGAUGGAUCUUAAUACAUGAAUGCUUUGCUUGUUUCAAUGAAUGUCGGAUGUAGCAUAUCGUAGUUGUACCAGAGCUAUGUUUAUUGUACGGUUAGGAAUCCAUUUGACAUGUCAAAAUGAACUCUAGAUAUAAACUGAUUGUUACAAGUUCCAAUUUCAACAGGAUUAAUAGAGGGACAUUCUUCUCUAAACAUAACAAAUACAGUUACAGGAUAUUUAGUAACGCUUGUGUAGAUGUUCAUUGGUGGUAAGUGAUCUAUGUGUCAUUAGAGGUGAUCACUUCCCUGAGGAUAUAAACAUACGGAGUUGUGACCAAAAUAUGAUGUCUGAUUACACACGUUACCAUAUGUACAGUGGUAUGAAGUCAGAGAGUUAGGGUAAACAUGUAUAUCUUACAUCACUGCAUUAGGCAUUGAUGGCAAAUGUCAAUUAAAUAUUAUAUUUAUCCUGUCCUUGAUGUAUCGACUGGAUACUUGAUAUUUUAACUUUGAGAAAUGUUAUGGUUCUAAUAUAUCAGCUAAUUACAAAUGCGUACCAUUGUUAAUGCCUGUUAUUGUGAGAGUGACUUUUGUUUUUGAAUUAGUGUACUACAAUACGCCUGUUGUAUUUAUUGAGGUAGGUCAAUUUGUCCUCUGUCAGAAACUGGUUAAAUACAGUAGUCUAGGAGACAAGCUCAACCGUUGAUCAUUAUGAUAUACAAAGAUUCAUGCCAUCGUAAUAACUGUUUUAUGAUUGUUUGCAUGCACAUAUCCAAGUUACACUGUAUGCUUUCGUCAGCACAGUUGUCGUAAACAGUCAUAAAAAUCAUGAUUUUGGCGAGAGCCUGUAGGAUGCCUCCUUAUAUUGUCAGAUAUACAAACUGGAACUAUACCAUGGUAAUAAUAAUGCAUGUCUUUCAUUUAUGUUGUUUUUGUGUGAAAUGUUUAAGAAGAUACGAGAGGUAGUUAAGAUAUGCUACAGAUCAUGUGUGUCCAGUGAGGGUGUAGCUAUAUUAUAGAGGAUAUAUGUACACAUCAUUUGUUUCUUUCAUAUCUCCAUAUGGUAUUCCAAUUAAAAUAUCAAUGAAAAAAGCA